AUUGAGGUCAACUGUUGCAGGUGUUGGAGACAAUGCACAUGGAGUGCAGAGCCCAGAACCUGCCUGCAGGGGGCACUCUGCAAAUGCCGUUCCCUAGACUCCCCUUCCAGGGGCUGAGCCCGGUACAGUCCGGCUGCAAACUGCCCAUGCACCACACCGCCCAGGUCCAAUCCCUCCUCUCAUUUCUGCUCCCUACUUUCUGUAGUUCUCCCUGGUCUUCCCGACCUCAGGUCUACCCAGCACCCCAGUUUUCCUGGUGGGCUUGAAGCAGCUCCCUAGUCCUUCCGCCUCCUUCCCUCCCCGGAACUCCAGCACUCCCGAUCUACCGCGUCUCUCCCACACCCGGGUCUCAAAUGCUGAGAACCAUGCUUACCUUCGCGCUCCAGCCAGAGUUUCCCGGGGCGGAGCCUCGCUUGAAAGCGAGGGCGGGACUUCCGGCGGCAGGAGGAAACCGCUAGCAAGCAGCCAUGGCCGGGUAUCCGAGGCUGGUAGGCAUUCCCCUUAAUGUUCGGAGGUUACACACAGCAGCGCGUCACUACAAGGGCCGGACGGGCGCCGAGCACCUGUGGCUGAUGCGGCAUCUCAAGGACCCGUUUGUAAAGGCCGCAAAGGUGGAGAGUUACCGCUGCCGCAGCGCCUUCAAGCUCCUGGAGAUGAAUGAGAAGCAUCAUAUCCUGAGGCCUGGUCUCCGGGUGCUGGACUGCGGGGCAGCUCCGGGAGCCUGGAGUCAGGUGGCUGUGCAGAGCGUCAACGCCACAGGCGCAGAUUCCAGCUCUCCCGUGGGCUUCGUGCUUGGGGUCGAUCUUCUCCACAUAUUCCCUUUGGCAGGAGCAACUUUUCUCUGCCCUGCUGAUGUGACUGACCCCAGAACUUUCCAGAAAAUUUUAGAACUGCUUCCCAGAAGGAGAGCGGAUGUGAUCCUGAGUGACAUGGCCCCAAAUGCCACUGGGAUCCGAGACCUCGAUCACGACAGGCUCAUAAGACUGUGCCUGACCCUUGUGGACAUGGCUGUGGACAUCCUGCAUCCGGGGGGGACACUUCUGUGUAAGACCUGGGCCGGGAGUAAAAGCCACCUGCUGCAGAGGAGACUGACCCAGGAGUUCCGGAGCACAAGGGUCGUGAAGCCGGAGGCCAGCCGGAAAGAGUCUUCGGAGGUGUACCUGUUGGCCACACAGUACCGAGGGAGACAGGAGUCCGUGAAGCAGUGAGCAUGCGCCGUCCGUCCUGCCUUCCGGGAGUGCUUCCGGAGCGGAGUGUGUAUCCACGCUGUGUUGUGGAUGCGAACAGCAACACCCCGGCGCACCUCUGGGCUUUAAGAGAUAGGAAAUGUAUUCAAGGGCUGGGAAAAAGAGCUAAGAAUGGGCAGCACUGUGGCUCAGUGAGGGAAGGGGGCUUGCCGCUAAGCCGGACGCUGAGUGUGGUCUCCAGGACCCCGAGAGCAGCGCGAGAGAACCAACCCUUGGAAGUCGGCCCUGACUCCCAGGUGCACGCAUUGUUAGUUUCUGGCAAUUUGAUACAAACUUACCCAUGUCUAGGAAGAAAGAAUCCGACUGAGGAAUUACCUCCAUCGGCUCCGCCUGUGGGCAAGCGAGUGAGACAUGGCCUGAGACAUGGUCUUGAUGAGUGACUGACGGUGUGUGUGUGGGGAGGGGGGUGCUGGCACUCCUAGGCAUGUGGGCCUGAGUUGUGGGAGCAAGACUGAGGAACAAGGCAGUAAGCCGUACCCGCCCCCACCCCAUCCUCCUCCCCACCCCCACCCCGUUCAUGUCAUGUAUCCCCACACUCCCCCACCCCUCCCCCAUGCCUGCUUGAGUUACUGCCUUGACGGACUGUGGUUGGGAUGAGCGAGCCAAAGAAACCCUAUUUUAAGUGCUGGAAACAAAACAGUCUUCUCUAUCAUGAUUUUAUUUUUCUGGCUUUG